AAAAACCUCCACGAACCUCUCAAGUCUUCAACAUCUCCUGAAGCGUUUCUCCAUAUUUCAAUUACUCACACACACUUCAAUCAAUUCCACUUAAUCCGCAAUCAUGGGUCCAGCUAUCGGUAAGUAUUCUCCACGCCGCCACGACGACGAGGCUGUAGCUAACAUUGGCCCUUCAAUAGGAAUCGAUCUGGGUACCACCUACUCUUGUGUCGGUAUCUUCAGAGAUGACCGUAUCGAAAUUAUUGCCAACGACCAAGGAAACCGAACCACACCUUCCUUCGUCGCCUUCACAGAUACUGAGCGUUUGAUCGGAGAUGCCGCAAAGAACCAAGUUGCCAUGAACCCAGUCAACACUGUCUUCGAUGCGAAGCGUCUUAUCGGCCGCAAGUUCGCAGAUCCAGAGGUACAGGCUGAUAUGAAGCACUUCCCUUUCACCGUUCUCGACCGUGCUGGAAAGCCAGUCGUUGAGGUCGAGUUCAAGGGAGAGAAGAAGCAAUUCACACCUGAGGAGAUCUCUUCCAUGAUCUUGGUUAAGAUGAGAGAGACUGCCGAGGCAUACCUCGGAGGAACCGUCAACAACGCCGUCGUUACUGUUCCAGCAUACUUCACAGACUCCCAGCGUCAAGCCACCAAGGAUGCCGGUUUAAUUGCUGGUCUCAACGUUCUCCGAAUCAUCAACGAGCCCACUGCCGCUGCUAUUGCCUACGGUCUUGACAAGAAGGUCGAGGGCGAGCGUAACGUUCUCAUCUUCGAUCUUGGUGGAGGAACUUUCGAUGUUUCUCUCCUGACUAUUGAGGAGGGUAUCUUCGAGGUUAAGUCCACUGCCGGAGACACUCACUUGGGUGGUGAGGACUUCGACAACCGUCUUGUUAACCACUUUGUCCAAGAAUUCAAGAGAAAGCACAAGAAGGAUCUCAGCACAAACGCCCGUGCCCUUCGUCGUCUUCGCACUGCUUGCGAGCGUGCUAAGCGCACCCUCUCUUCCUCCGCACAAACCUCUAUUGAGAUCGACUCUCUCUUCGAGGGUAUUGAUUUCUACACAUCCAUUACUCGUGCCAGAUUUGAGGAGCUCUGCCAGGAUCUCUUCCGCUCUACCACCACCCCAGUCGACCGUGUCCUCGCUGAUGCCAAGAUUGACAAGUCCAAGGUCCACGAGAUCGUGUUGGUCGGAGGAUCUACCCGUAUCCCUCGCAUCCAGAAGUUGAUCACCGACUACUUCAACGGCAAGGAGCCCAACAAGUCCAUCAACCCCGAUGAGGCUGUUGCCUACGGAGCUGCUGUCCAGGCUGCUAUUCUUUCCGGUGAUACCUCGUCCAAGAGCACCAACGAGAUUCUGCUCCUCGAUGUUGCGCCACUUUCCCUUGGUAUUGAGACUGCCGGUGGACAGAUGACCAAGCUUAUCCCAAGAAACACCACCAUCCCAACCAAGAAGUCCGAGGUUUUCUCCACAUUCUCUGACAACCAACCUGGUGUCCUUAUUCAAGUCUUUGAAGGCGAGCGUCAACGCACUAAAGACAACAACCUUUUGGGCAAGUUCGAGCUCACUGGUAUCCCACCUGCGCCUCGUGGUGUCCCACAAAUCGAGGUUACCUUCGAUCUUGAUGCCAACGGAAUCAUGAACGUCUCUGCCCUCGAGAAGGGAACCGGAAAGACCAACAAGAUCGUCAUCACCAACGACAAGGGCCGUCUGUCCAAGGAGGAUAUCGAGCGCAUGUUGUCCGAGGCCGAGAAGUACAAGGCUGAGGACGAGGCCGAGGCUGGACGGAUUAGCGCCAAGAAUGGUCUUGAGUCCUACGCAUACUCUCUGCGCAACACCCUCUCAGAUGCUAAGGUUGAUGAGAAGCUCGAUGCUUCCGAGAAGGAGCAGCUCAAGGCUGAGAUUGACAAGACCGUCGCUUGGUUGGAUGAGUCUCAACAAGCCACCAAGGAGGAGUAUGAGGAGCACCAGAAGGAGCUUGAGGCUGUCGCCAACCCAAUCAUGAUGAAGUUCUACCAAGGUGCUGAUGGCGGAGCUGGAGGUAUGCCAGGUGGUAUGCCAGGUGGACCAGGUGGAUUCCCAGGUGCUGGUGGACCAGGUGGUGCUUCGCACGAUGAUGGACCAACUGUCGAGGAGGUUGACUAGAUUGUUUCUCACGAAUCUCUUUAGUUGUUUUGCAUUUCGGCAUCAUGUCAUGGCAUAAUUGCACAUGGCCAGGUGUCUAGCGGGCCUCUUUUUUACUUAUGGGUAGACUUUGUUGCGGGUUUGCGUUUCCUUUGGCGACAAAUUCACUGGGAAAACCGGUGGACGCUGCAUUGUAAUGCAGAAAAGCACCUCAUUUAGGUAGCACAAAAUGAAAGUCGUAAAAUUCUAAUAACUCUC